UCUUGUACCACAUCCACCUGAGUGCUGCCUGCAGGCCUGAGUUGCUAAGUGUACUGUUUAAUUUUAGAAGUGUCUUUUAUUCUGAUCCUUUUGACAAGCUGAAGUUCUGGUCACUGUCCCCAACAAAGAGUCAGUGUGGAGGGGAAAGGGGUGGAAUUAAUUGAACCUAGAGGAAGGGACUUUGAAGGGCGGAGCUAAAGCCAAAGGACACAUCAGUGAAUCCUUUAAAUAAAGGUCUCACACUGGUCUCCAAGGAGUGUGUAGGACCAGCAGGCAGGAGGCUGGGCUGCUCCACUGCCUUCCACCUUUUCCUCCUCCUGCGUGUCUGUCUGUGAGAAAGAGCGUGAGCCCAGGGAGAGAUGAUGAAGCCGGAGGAGUACAGAGAGAGAGGAAAAGAGAUGGUGGAUUACAUCUGCCAGUACCUGAGCACUGUGCGGGAGAGGCAGGUCACCCCAGACGUUCAGCCUGGCUACCUGCGAGCCCAGCUUCCUGAGAGAGCUCCUGAGGAACCUGACAGUUGGGACAGCAUCUUUGAGGACAUUGAGAGGAUCAUCAUGCCUGGGGUGGUACACUGGCAGAGCCCCCACAUGCAUGCCUACUUCCCAGCCCUCACUUCUUGGCCAUCCUUGCUGGGAGACAUGCUGGCCGAUGCCAUCAACUGCUUGGGAUUCACCUGGGCUUCCAGUCCUGUGUGCACGGAGCUGGAGAUGAAUGUCAUGGACUGGCUGGCAAAAAUGCUGGGACUCCCAGAGCACUUCCUGCACCACCACCCCAGCAGCCAGGGAGGAGGUGUCUUGCAGAGCACAGUCAGUGAAUCAACCUUGAUAGCUUUGCUGGCAGCAAGGAAGAACAAAAUCCUGGAAAUGAAAAAGUCUGAGUCUGAUGCUGAUGAGUCCACUCUGAAUGCCCAACUCAUUGCCUAUGCCUCUGACCAGGCCCACUCCUCAGUGGAAAAGGCUGGUUUGAUAUCUCUUGUGAAGAUGAGAUUUUUGCCUGUGGAUAACAACUUCUCCCUCCGAGGUGACACUCUUCAGAAAGCUAUUGAGGAGGACAAAGAGCGGGGCUUGGUGCCUGUCUUUGUGUGUGCAACACUAGGGACCACUGGGGUCUGUGCGUUUGACUGCCUGUCAGAGCUGGGCCCCAUCUGUGCCAGGGAGGGGCUCUGGCUCCAUAUCGAUGCUGCCUAUGCAGGCACUGCCUUCUUGUGCCCUGAGUUCCAGGGAUUUCUGAAAGGCAUCGAGUAUGCAGAUUCCUUCACCUUUAAUCCUUCCAAGUGGAUGAUGGUGCAUUUUGACUGUACUGGGUUCUGGGUCAAGGACAAGUACAAGCUGCAGCAAACUUUCAGCGUGAACCCCAUCUACCUCAGGCAUGCCAACUCAGGUGCAGCCACUGACUUCAUGCACUGGCAGAUUCCCCUGAGCCGGCGGUUUCGCUCUAUUAAACUCUGGUUCGUGAUUCGAUCCUUUGGGGUGAAGAAUCUUCAGGCACACGUCAGACAUGGUACUGAAAUGGCUAAAUAUUUUGAAUCUCUAGUCAGAAAUGACCCUUUCUUUGAAAUUCCUGCCAAGAGGCACCUUGGCCUGGUGGUUUUUCGUCUAAAGGGUCCUAAUUGUCUCACAGAAAGUGUGUUAAAGGAAAUUGCUAGAUCUGGCCGUCUCUUCCUCAUCCCGGCUACCAUCCAGGACAAGUUGAUCAUACGUUUCACUGUGACAUCCCAGUUUACCACCAGGGAUGACAUCUUGAGAGACUGGAAUAUCAUUCGAGAUGCUGCUACCCUCAUCCUGAGUCAGCACUGUACUACUCAACCUAGCCCUCGGGCUGGGAACCUCAUCCCCAAAACCAGAGCCAUGACCAAUGGAAUGCCCCUUCAGUUUGUCAAUGGUGCAGGAGAUGACCCAACCCAGGCCAGGAAGGUCAUCAAGCAGCCUCAACAUGUGGGAGCCAGUCCUAUGAGAAUGGAAGAUAGCCACCAUCUUGAAACUCUUCUGGACCCACUUGAUGACUGCUUUUUAGAAGAGGCCCCAGAUGUCACCAAGAACAAGCUGUCCUCUUUCCUGUUCAGUUACUUGUCUGUGCAGAAUAAGAAGAAGACAGUGCGUUCCCUCAGCUGCAACAGUGUGUCUAUGAGUGCUCAGAACCCACUGCCGUUAGAUGGCACCACAAAGAAUGGAGGCUCCUCCCGAGUUAGAAUUUUUUCUAGGCUUCCAGAAGAGAUGAUGAUGCUGAAGAAAAGUGCCUUCAAAAAAUUAAUUAAGUUCUACAGCGUUCCCAGCUUUCCUGAAUGCAGCCCUCAAUGUGGGUUCCAGCUGCCCUGCUGCCCUCUGCAGGCCAUAGUUUAAGCCAGGGGUCUUCAGCAAGGAUCCAUAGAUGUGCUUAUGGGAGUUUGUGAACCCCUCAAAAUUGUAUGCCAGAUUUGUGUGCUAUGUGUGUGUGCAUUUUUCUUGGGAGAGAGUUCCUAAUUUUUAUCAGAUUCUCCUAGGGGUUCAUAACCUACUACAGGCUACAAAUGGAGGGUUUAAGCUAGCAUUGUCCAGAAGGUUCCAGCAGGCUGGUCAGAAAAAGAGCUUAAGGUAGUGGUCUGACAGGCAGCUUUUGUGGUUCAGCUUGUGACAUGAAAUACAAUGUACAAAUAAAUUGUGCUUGUCUCUGAAACAAAA